UUGAAGAGACUAAGAAAUCAAACGAUCACUUGAAAUCGCGUUUGGAAUCAGUGAGAUUAGAGAAAGAGGAUAUUGAAGGUGACUGUGCUCAAGUUGCUUUGGAGGUUGGGUAUUACAAAAAAGAAAUGCAAGAACUGCAGGAGCAACUAGCACUGUUAAGAGCUGAACGUGAUGAGAUAUUAGAGUGUUAUCUUGAUCAGCCUUUCGAUGUUUAUUGUGUAACAAAGAAGGAGCUUCAUGAGGUGUUAAAGAAACUCCACGAAACACAAUUAGAAGUUCACAGACAAAAUGAAGAGAAGCAAACUCUUAGGAUGCAGCUGGAGAAAGGUCGUAAGAAAGGUGGAUGGAAGAGGUUUGCCGAGAAGUUUAGAAAUGUUUUUCAUCGUCAUGACAAUUCAAAUAAAGUGGAACCGAUACCAAAUCAUGUAGAAGAAACAUACACUAG